UGCAAACUAACAAGCGAACCCUAAAAACCACAUACAGCGAAAGAAGUUGAGCAGUAGCUGAAAAGAAAAAACCCUAAAACCCUAAAGAAUGACACAGAAAGGUAAUCUAUUCAAAGGAAAACAAAAGAAGAAAACAAUCCCUCCUAAUCGCCACGGCAAAAUCCCUCCUACCCGCAAAGGGAAGAGAUAUGUGAAGCCAUCAAAGGUGACAAAGGAGAUGGAUGCUGAUAGAGAGCUGAGCAAAUUCAUUAACCACUGCAACGAGGUCAAAGCAGCCACUAUUGCUAACAAGGAAGGUGGUCAACUAAGUAUUGUGAAGCUGCCAUCAGAACCUGCUGGCGCUUCAAAGAAAUAAGUUUUAAGGAAACCACAAAAACAUGAUGUAGAAAUUUACAAUUAUCUCAAAUCAUGUCUAGAACCUGCUAUUUUGGUUCUUAUUUCUUUUUUGUAUUCUCCUAUCUAGUUGGUCUAGGCUUUCAAAUUUUGGCAGUAUAGCAGAUUCAAUCAAAUAGGCUUUCCCAGAAUGCAUAUUAUAAAUUGAUGCUUUAUGUUCCAUGUA